AUGGCGUCAGGCGAUAAGACCCAGCAUUUUGAAAUGCUGGGAAAGUCCCUUUUCGAGCUCUACGAAACGGAGAUGUAUUCCGAUCUGAAAAUCGCUUGCGGAUGGGACAUCCAUAAAGUCCAUAAGGCCAUCAUUUGCCCCCGAUCUACCUUUUUCACGGCCGCUUGUAAUGUAAACUUCAAGGAGGGUUGGGAGAACAUGAUCAACCUCCCGGACAACGACCCGACCGUAGUCCGGGAAAUGAUCUAUUACCUUUACAAUCUGGACCUCGCUGGUUAUGAGUUCAUCCCGGAGGAUGGCAAUUUGAUCGAGGAAGAUCUCUCGGACACUGGGUACGACAACGAGAUGAUGCGACACUUGUUACGACAGGGCUACAGAUUCGUGGGUAAGCGAAGAGUGAAGGGACUUGUUCCUAAGCUCGGAGUCCGCAUUGGUCCACCCAAGAACCUGCCUUUGUUCGCAAAGGUCUAUGCCAUCGGAGAGAAGUAUGGCAUUCCGGGAUUGAAGGCCAUCGCGCUUAGCAAGUUUGAGACACUCGCCAAAGCAUAUGCCAACACCGACGACUUUCGCAUCGCAGCGGAGGAAGUGUACACCUCCACUAUUGACCAGGAUCGCGGCAUGCGAGACAUUGUUGUCAACACUGUGGAGGAAAACAUUGCGCUGCUCAACAACGCAGAUUUCGAGGCUCUCGCCAGAAACACUGAGUUGGGCCACGAUCUUCUGAUGAAGAUCACUUCAACUCACCGUGCAAGUUAG